AUGAUGGAAGGAGUGCAGAGAAGAGCUACCAAGCAGAUUCCAGGAUUGGCAAAAUUAAGCCAUGAAGAAAGGUUGAAGAAACUAAAACUACCAACGCUGAAGUACAGGCGCCACCGAGGAGAUAUGAUUGAAGUGUACAAAAUAACAAGUGGAAAGUACGACCCAUUAGCAGCAGACUUUAUCAAGUUAAGGAGAGACCAAGUUACUAGGGAACAAGGAAGAGGGAAUUCCAAGAAGCUGUUUGUACAGAGACCGAGACUCAAUAUAAGAAAAUUCAGCUUCAGUGUUAGAACUGUCAGUCUAUGGAAUAGCUUACCAGAGGAUAAGUGCUAA